AUGGAGCAAGUUUUACACAAGAUAAAGAUUCCAUACGUACUUUUCGGGGGAGAUUAUAACGCCCAUAAUACUACCUGGGGCUAUCGUGCCACGGACACAAAGGGCAGAGAACUGGAGGACUUCCUCAGCUCGAAAAAUCUUGUUAUCCACAAUACCGCAGAAGCGCCACCCUCCUUCGACAGAAUCUUCGCUCGGGGCUGGCCCGAUCUCACUAUUACGUCUUUGCAAGCAGCGUUCUUACUGACAGAUUGGAAAGUAGAUGAUCAAGAAAGUCUAAGUGAUCACAAAUUUAUAACUUACUCUCUGCGGCAGUCGACAUCUAUCACCAAAAUUAAAAGGUACAAUCUCCCAGGUAGAAAGCUCCUUACCUUCACUAGGAAGGUUAAAAGGCACCUGGAAACUCUUGAACCGGCGCUACAGCAUGCAGACACAAUGGCAGACUUAGAGAAUUUCUCCAUCAGGCUACAGAACACCCUACAAUUAGUUUGUGACCAAAAUCUCCCCAAGAAAAAACCUCAGAAGAUAAAGGAAAUGCACUGGUGGACGGGCGCAUUACAGAAGCAACAGCGUAAAUGCAGGGCUUUGCGAAGGAGAUUGAAGUACGAGAGGCGGCUAGAGAUCAUCCUCGGACACACUCACCAUUUUUCAAAGAGAGCGAGCAAAAUACAAAAGGAUGAUCAUCCAGGCCAAAGUAACAUCUUGGAGAGAGUUCUGUUCCAAUACAAAAGAAGUAUACGGGCUGCAUCACAAGAUAGCAACGGGGAAGGUGUUCAAGCCUUCGCAGCUUCAAAUCCCGUCAUCACUGGAUAG